CUCGGUCGCACAUCCUCCCAGUUUUUCCUACAAUUUUUCUCACCAACCGUGCCAAUGGCCAAAUCUGACCGACAGAGUUAACUAUUACAGCUCUUUAACCAAAGUACGUCUCUGCCAUCAGAAACGUCCCACCCCCACAGAACUUUCCCAGGCCACGCACGUCCCAACACGCCUGCCACAACCUCCACCCACACCCACCAAUUGCCUCCCUCCUGGCCACUGUUUACCCACACUAUAAGCUAGCCACUACACCAUGGGACAGAUCCUUUCACAACCCAUCACCGAGAAGAGCUCCGAGAAAGACGGCGACAAGUACUUGUCGUACGGAUUAUCCUCCAUGCAAGGAUGGAGAAUCAACAUGGAAGACGCCCACGCCACCAUCUUAAACUUGCAGGACGAAGGAUCCAAAGAACACGCCGCCUUCUUCGGUGUUUACGACGGGCACGGAGGCGAAAAGGCCGCCAUCUUCACAGGAGAACACUUGCACGACAUCGUCAAGAGUACGCAAGCAUACAAGAACAAGGACUACAUCAACGCCCUCAAGGAGGGCUUUUUGAGCUGUGACCAGGCCAUCUUGCAGGACGCUGGCAUGAAGGACGACGACAGUGGCUGUGCCGCCACGUCUGCCAUCAUAACAGACAAGCAAAUCAUCUGUGGUAAUGCCGGAGACUCCAGAACCAUCAUGUCCAUCAACGGUUACGCCAAGGCGUUGUCCUACGACCACAAGCCUUCCAACGAGGGUGAAAAGGCCAGAAUUUGCUCUGCUGGCGGCUACGUCGACAUGGGCAGAGUCAACGGUAACUUGGCAUUAUCUCGUGGUAUUGGUGAUUUUGAAUUUAAGAAGAACGUCGACUUGCCUGCUGAGGAACAAAUAGUCACCUGUUACCCUGAUGUGAUACAACACGACAUAGAUUUCGAGAAGGACGAGUUCGUUGUUUUAGCAUGUGACGGUAUCUGGGAUUGCUUAACGUCUCAAAAGUGUGUUGAAUGUAUAAGAAAGAAGUUGUCCGAAGGUUUAGAGUUGACAGAAAUUUGUGAGGCUGUCAUGGAUUUGUGUUGCGCUCCUACCUCUGACGGUUCCGGUAUUGGUUGUGACAACAUGUCUAUUGUCAUUGUUGCAUUAUUGGAUUACUCCAAGGGAGAGACUCUUGAUCAAUGGUACGAAAAGAUCAGAGGUAGAAUUGAUGCCGCUGAAAAGGAUAAGAACUCUCCUUAUGGCCCAAUCUCUCCAGAAUUCAACGAAAUAUAUAAGGAGAUGUACGGUGAACACUACGAUUUGGACCAACAGGCCCAGAGAUACGCCAACGAAGGCUCUAAGUCUGGCAAUGGUGCCUCUAUAUUCGGAAGACGUGGAUAUGACGAUGAUAACGAAGAUCUCGCUGAAGUCAAUGAAGAGGAAAAUGGUGACCUCACCGCAGCUAACGGUGCUAUUUCUCUUCAAAAACUCUUGUCCAGUAAUGCCAUCACCAACGAGAAUGGUGUCAUCUACUUGGAUACUUCAUCUGCCCAAUCCUUGUUGGCACACUUCGGUAUGUCUGAAGAGGGCGAAGAGGGCGAUUCGGUGCACGAAGGACACAUCGAAGAAGAAGAAGUUGAAGACGAGAGUGCUGAGAAGUCUUCCGACAAGGAAGCCAAAUAAGAGGUCGAACCCUGUGGGUUGUGAUGAUUGAUGUUCCUUCUUCAGAUACUUUGUCAUGUUUGGGCUUUGAAUUAUACAUUUUUAUUUUGUUUAUUAUGUUAUUCGUUACGACUAUCAUUUAAUUGCGACAUAUGCUAUGCAAGUUUUCUUUUUAGUAUUAUUAAUUGCUUGAUUUAAUAUAAUAGGUUCGAAAGUAGCCUUUGAUAAGACAAUUGGCAGUCGCGUAGAGUUGAACA